AGCAUCUUUCUCCCAUAAACCAUACCCACCCUAUCUCCGAUCAACUCACCAUGGCUGACCAACAUGCAGACGUCGAUCAACUCGCCUCUCUCGCCCUCAACGAUUCCACCAACGUUAACGAUCUCGAUGAUCCCGACGAUUCAAUCAUUCAAACUGUAACUGGAGACACAGUGUAUACAUCUGCUGUAAGAUUUGAGGAUUUGGAUGUAUCUCCUGAGUUACUGAGAGGAUUAUAUGUUGAGAUGAGGUUUGAGAGGCCUAGUAAGAUACAAUCACAAACUUUGCCGAUGAUAUUAACUCCGCCGUACAAGAGUUUGGUGGCUCAGGCGCGUAACGGGUCUGGGAAGACGACGUGUUUCGUGCUUGGUAUGUUGAGUCGUGUUGAUCCGAAGCUAGGUGCUCCUCAGGCUCUUUGUAUAUGUCCUACUAGAGAAUUGGCCAUUCAGAAUAUGGAAGUGCUACUAAAGCUCGGAAAGUAUACUGGCAUAACAUCAGAACUAGCUCUUCCAGCCGAUAAAGCUAGUUAUAUUCCAGUCGCCAAACGAGCACCAAUGACUGCACAAGUAAUAAUCGGCACGCCAGGCACGGUUAACAAAUUGGUAGCAGCCAAGAAGCUUGGUACAUCUUUUCUGAAGAUCCUUGUGUUUGAUGAGGCUGAUCAUAUGCUCGCAGAGAGCGGUUUUAAAGAAGAUUCUGUGAGGGUAAUGAAGGAAAUUGUGAAGUGGAGUCCCAAAUGCCAGGCGCUUUUGUUUUCCGCUACAUUCAACGACACUGUGCAGGCUUUCGUAUCAAAAUUUGUUCAAGAUCUUUUUCAAGAGUACAACGAACUGUACGUUAAAAAGGAAGAACUACCUUUGGAUCCUGUGAAACAAUACAAAGUGAAUUUACCAGAUGAGCUUUCAAAGAUCAUGGUCAUCAAGGAUAAAAUAAUGGAUUUAGGAGAUAAAAUCGGACAAACGAUUAUAUUCGUCAGAACAAAAGAAAGCGCGUGUAUGUUACAUGAGGCACUUGUUGAGUAUGGCUAUGGAGUAACAACGAUUCACGGUAAUCUUACGCAAGAAGAUAGAGAUAAGGUGGUUAAAGAGUUUAAAGACGGGUUGACUCAUGUUCUGAUAUCGACUGAUCUUCUUGCUCGCGGGUUUGAUCAGUCGAAGGUUAAUUUGGUGGUUAACUAUGAUCUUCCGGUUGAUGCUAAGAAUUAUUCUGAACCCGACAAUAAUGCGUACUUGCACCGCAUAUGUAGAGCGGGACGGUUUGGCCGAAAGGGAGCUGCAUUCAACUUGCUGUGUGGAGAUAGGGACUACAUGAUUAUGGAAAAAAUUGAGAGGCAUUUUAACCAUAGUGUUACCGAGGUGCCAUCAUGGACAAGUGAUGAAGACUUUAAGGAUGCCUUGAGGAAAGCUGGUUUGAUGUAGAAUUUCCAUAUCUCUCAUCAUCAUAAUCACAAGUGAAUAUUGGUUGUUGGUUGUUUUUUUAUUGGGUAGUGAAUGAAUAUUUGUUGGUUGAUUGGAAAAUCAGUUUUGUUUUUGAUGA